CGUCUGGCCCUUCGACGGAUCCUUUCCGUUGUGUCACGUUUGUUUUCAUUUCGAAAUUUCGGCAGAUUCAGCCGAUCCAAGCAAGAGUUCCCAAGAAAUUGAACUUUAAAGCCGUGUUUAUCCGUAUUUCCUAGCACCUAAAAAAAUGUCCAUUUCCACGAGUGUCCGGUACAUAGCGUACAACGUCUUCAGCAGUUGGCAAAGUUUGCUGGUGCCGCGAAAUAUUCACUUAUCACGAUAUCUUCUGCACGGCGAGUACGAGUGGCAAGACCCGAAAAGUGAAGAUGAAGUGGUCAACGUAACGUACAUCGACAAGGACGGCAAACGGACACCGGUCCGGGGCAAAAUCGGAGACAACGCACUGUACCUGGCCCACCGGUACGGCGUCGAGAUGGAGGGAGCUUGUGAGGCGUCUCUGGCUUGCACCACGUGUCACGUGUACGUGCUGGGGGAGCAUGGUGAUAAAUUGCCCCCCUCGGAGGAGAAAGAGGACGAUCUGCUCGAUAUGGCGCCGUUCCUGAAGGAGAAUUCCCGACUCGGCUGUCAGAUCACUCUGACGAAGGAGCUCGAAGGGUUGGAGCUGCAGCUGCCGCAGGCCACGCGGAACUUUUACGUGGAUGGACACAAACCAAAGCCGCACUAGUCGUUAAAUAGAUUCUGUUUUAAGGUAUUCUCAUUUGUUUUUGGUUUGUUUCAGAAUUUUUGAAACUGGAGCUUUAGCGAAUAGUUGAUUUACUAGUUACUAUUCAUAAUUGGCAAUCGAAUUUGUUUCCACUAUUUCGUGUAUUGUGAAAUAUAGAAAAAAAAAAUAAGCCUG